AUGCGCCCGAGCGAGAUUGCGCAUGCGCAUGCCUCCACCUGCACUCGAUCCGGCCAGCUUGCGCGUGGCAGCCCAGCGCAGUCUGCUGUUGCUGUGGUACCACGCAGCCAGUACGGCGGCCCCGGCGCCAUGACGGCCAUGGCAGCUGUUUCACGCGUCUUGACAGCUGCUACACUACGCGUCUGCCAACCUCUUUUGCCUGUCAGCAACGGCGGCGGCGGCGACAGCAACGAUACAAAAAAGCCUCAUGCGGAGAGGUGGGUGGGUGUAUGUGUGUGUGUGUGUGCCUCUCCUGUCACACCAACUCCAACUUACAUACUUAGAUACUAG